UCCUGACAAUAAAUUCUCUGUUGCGCGCCUCAAACCACACCCUCGCUUUCUCAGAAUGAGCUGAGCGCCUCAUAGCCGGAGUCUAGUAGUAACUUGCCUCAAUGAUUAUGAGCUCUGCAGAGAAUGGCGGAAGCCAACGCGCUUGAGGAGCUCCACACGGAACUCACUUGUCCGGUGUGUCUGGAGCUGUUCCAUGACCCGGUGAUCCUCGAGUGCGGACACCACUUCUGCAAGGUGUGCAUCGUCCAGUGCUGGGAAGCCAAAGCCGACGAUUUUUCCAACUGUCCGAAGUGUAGGAAGUCGUGCACUCGCAAACUUCGCCCGAACUCGCUCCUGUGCAACGUCGUGGAGAGCGUUCGCAGAGCGCGCGCCACGGACGCAGCUCCGUGGACACCCGGGGAGGAUCGCGAAGGUGCACCGGAGAUGCAGGAGGAACGGAGGGCCGGGUCCAGCCUAAGCAGCGAGGUGUCGUCCAUCGGACACUGGCUGGUGAUGGACAUGUGUGAAGAACACGAGGAGAAGCUGAAGCUGUACUGUGAGGACGACCAGCUGCCCAUCUGCCUGGUGUGCGGGAUGAGCCGAGACCACAAGACCCACAACGUCAUCCCCAUCACAGAGGCCUUUGAAAACUACAGGGACAAGCUCACCACGGCUUUGGAGAGAGUUCAGCUGCAUACUGAGAACGCCACGCACUUCCAGAGCCAGACCAAUGAGAAGAUCCUCCGCAUUAAGGAAAGAGCUGGGGACCUGGAGGAAGUGGUCAAUGCCGAGUUUGUUCGUCUGAAGGAGUUCCUGCUCGAGGAAGAGGAGCGCAUCAAGGAGAAACUGCAGAGGGAGAAAGCAGAGAAGCUCAGUCAGCUGGAAGAGGCGCUCACCAAAGCCACGGAGCAAAUUAGCCAACUGGAAAACACAGCUGAGAAAUUUCGCCUUAAACUCAGGGAGGAAGAAAAUCCAGAACAGCUCAAGGGAAUCAAAGACUUCAUCGGAGUAACUGAGAGUUUGUUUGAGCGCCGUGUUGAGGUUGGCGUCGAUCUGCAGUCAGGAGAGUUUUUGGGACCUCUGCAGUACACAAUCUGGAGGAAAAUAACUUCACUUUUUCAACCAAUUAUUGCCCGGGUGACCCUUGACCCGAAAACGGCCUACCCCUGUCUGUGGGUGUCUCCCUGUCGCACCAGUGUUCAUGUGGGAAAAAUCCAGUCCAACCUGCCCAAUAACCCUGAACGCUUCACCCGCUACAACAUCGUCCUGGGCUCUGAAGCCUUUUCCUCCGGCAGACACUACUGGGAGGUGGAGGUGGGCUGUAAGACAGCGUGGGGUCUUGGGGUGGUCAAUGGAUCCGUCAACAGGAAAGAGGAGAUCAGCCUCUGUCCCCAGGAUGGUUUCUGGACCCUGGUGUUGAGGGACAAAGGCAACGGCACAAGCGAGUACGAAGCAUGCACUGACACGGAUGACAGCUUGAUACACCCUCCUAAACCCCCUCGAAGGGUGGGGGUCUAUCUGGACUAUGGUCGAGGUGAAGUAGCCUUCUAUGACGCGGAAGACAUGAGCCAUCUUUUUACUUUCUCCGAUGCAAAAUUCAGUGAGCCCGUUUUCCCCUACUUUAACCCAUGGCCAAUCAUCAACGGAAGAAACCAGGAGCCGCUCACCAUAGUCACACCACUCUAUGGGACUAACGCUCCGUUUCACCUGGUCGGGGGAAACUGAGGUUUAGCCUGAAUGGACUUUUAACAUCCACACUUUGUUUUACCUUCAAUUUCUGGCUACAUGAUGAGCUUAAAGGAAAACACAAUUAGAUGCACUUUACCAAAUGGAUAGUGGAGAUUUAAAGAAAAAUCAUCCAUUAAGGUGACAAUUAAUUCUACUUAACCUAUUUUGUUUCCUCUUUAUUUUUGAUGUAUGUUAGUAGAAUCUAACUCAGUUUGUCCUUAUCAAACCAUUUCAUGACAAUGUAACAGAUUUGACAGAUUUUAACAGACAAUCAUACACUACAAGCAAAAUUUGUGCUUUGUCUUUUUUGGAAAAUAUGCCGUUUUUUUUUAUAGCCCUUAAGGGUUUGUGGGUGUUUCCUACAGUGAGGAAUUUGUCUUUUUAAAUUGAGAAUAAACAUAAUCCCAGUAGAGGGCACUCAAAAACUAUUGAACACGUCUAAAACCUGAUCUUUUUUUCCAGAUUCAACUUCAGCUCUUUAAACAUUUUUUGCUGGUGUUAUUGUUUUGUUUUUUUAUGUUUAUUGCACAGCUCACAUAUUAAGCCUAAUGUGGAAAAUUGAAAAGUAUUAAACUUGAGCUUUUCUGAAAAGAAAGACAAAAUUACCACAUAUUGUGAUAAAAAACGUUCAUUGAUAAGUCAUUCAAAGUGUCUUCAAAGUGAAGCACAUUAUAAUUCUUUGCAAAUGUGAAGAAGGAUAUAUGGGUUCCUUCUACUGUGUGAUGUGGAGAAGCAGGAUCUGUGAUUCUGGGUUUUCUUCCUCCAUCCAUCCAUUUUCAUAACCCAUUCUGUCCCAUUUGGGGUCACAGGGCUGCGAGAGCCUGUCCUGGCUACUGUUGGGCGAAGGCGGGGUACACCCUGGACAGGUCGCAGAGCGUUAUCUUUCUAUCAAGUUCUUUUUUCCUAAGUUAUGAGUCAAGACAAAUAUAUUCCCAAAACAUUGGAAUAUCUUGGAAAAGGGCAUUGAUUUCCAUACUUCCAUUCAAAAAAAACAAAACUUUCAUAUAGACUAUGGAUUCAGACCCUACUGUUUAGUUGAUUAUGUAUUUGUUUAUUUGUUUCUAUAUAAAUGUGGGUCCAGCUCAUGAAACUAACAAAAAUCUGCCGAAAUUUGCAGGGCAUGAAUGUUUUUAAUUGAGUUUCCCCAACUAAGUUAAUCAAAAAAAAAAAUGGGUCACAAGCCAGAGAGAAAAGUCCAAAACUCCAUGUCGGAAACAGAUACAGCCAGAAAAGGAGCUGAGUGAAAUCUGAGGAACUGAACACUGGUUGUGGAUGUUGACCAUACUACUUUGCGACACGAACUAAUUGUAAUACAGGGGAAAAUUAUGCAGCAUGACUAAUGUAAAGGAAGCUCUUUGAAGCUGAAAGCCCAGACUUUGAUUAGAUGGAAAGUAUUACAUGGAGGGUGUAUCAUUUUGGUCUUGUUUUAAAUUUGUUGUAGAAAUACAACAAAAAUGUAAUCUGUAGAAUAAAGAUCAAAAUCCACACUAGAAAUCCUUCCUCUUACAUGUUUUUGGGUUUAUUGAUGAACUCUUCUUAUUAAGGGCUUCCUCCCCGUCUACCCCACUGUUCCUUUUGUUUGACUUUCCACAGCUCGUUAUGUUCUCUCCCAAAAUCCAUAAAGCCUCUCUGUCAAUUUAUUUUCUGUCAAUAAGCUCUGUUACUGCUCUGUUGCAAGAUUCUCCUGCUGUUUUGCGUGCCAUAUUGUUGAGUUUCUAAAAAAGCACUUGUACAUAAACAGAAUUACAACUACUGUUGUCAUUUUUUGGCACCAGAACAACAGUUUGAUCAAUAAAGUUAUCUGAAACUGUG